CGUCAUGAAGUAAACAUUCAACAUGGAAGCUUUUGUAGCAAUUUCAUUCGUAUUUUAGGUCAAACAAAUUUUUCACGAUGUGUGAAUAAAUACACAAAGAACAGCUUAUCAUUUUAUGAAAAUGUCUUCAGAAAGGGUGGAAUGGGUGGAAAUAAUAGAGCCCAAAACAAAGGAGCAUAUGUAUGCUAACCUAACAACAGGAGAGUGCGUUUGGGAUCCCCCAGAGGGAGUGAAAGUAAAAAGGACAGACUCCUCUCAGUGGUGGGAAUUGUUCGACAUAAAUACACAUAGGUUUUACUACUAUAAUGCUUCAACUCAGACAACAGUGUGGCACAGGCCUACAGACUGCGAUAUCAUACCCUUAGCUAAAUUACAAACAUUGAAACAAAACACAGACCCGCAGAAGCGGAGGGAGUCUUCUACUCAAACAAACAUUGCUGCUGCUCAGGUUGCAUCAUCAGUAGAUCCAGUCAGUAGCAAUGGAAACAGUACAGUGGCUAGUGCCAGCAAGCUUUCUCCGAGUAAUGCCAAAAAUGUUACAAUCACACAAACAAGCCCCGUGCGAACUAGGAGAUCUCAUUACCACCAUAGAAACAGCGGCGAUAGUCGAAGAGGUAGACUCAGUGAAGAUGGUUCCACUCCUGUGUGCCGGCACACUGACUCCGGUAGAUCGUCUGAUAGUAGUAUUAGCAGCGCUCAGCAGAGGCGGAAGCAGGAGCUGAGUGCAAGCGUGGGCGGUGGUCCAGCGAGCGGCGGGUGCGGCGCGGCGGUGUGCACGCCGCAACUGCGUAAGCGCAGCAGCGCCGCGCCGCACGAAGCUGACAAGUGGUCACCACAUACAGCCUUGAAUCGGAGUGGCAGUUUUAUAUCACCCCGUAAAGAUGCGUCGGAUGAUUCCAUGCACGAGAAAUAUUUCAAAUCUGUUGAGAGUACUCCAAUGACCAGACGAAAGUUAAAACAGCAAUCGACCGGUGGCUCGUCUUGCGAGUCAGCAUCGCCUCAGAGUCCAAGCAGUCCAUUACAGAAACCACAACCCGCUCCAUUUCUUCAGCCAUGCGCGGCCCGGCCCUCGCUGGUGUCGUCGAUUUCCCUGGCGACGGAGGCCUGCAGCCCCCUGGCGCUGCACAGCCUGGAGCGGCCGCACCUCUCGCGCCACUCCCGGGACAGGUACUCCGACAGGCACAUAGACAAGGACCGCCUGGCUGAACUGGAGCGCAUGGACCGGUACCCGGAGAAGCAGGCGGUGUACAGCGCGGACAAGCCGUUCCGGCAGACCAGCCUCGAGCUGCGGCACAACUGGCACAGGGCCAGGGAGUUCUCCAGAAGACAACAGGCAGAGCCGGAACGAUUUACGUCGAGCAAAACAUCGGUCUCGUCUGGCAGUAGCAAACACAGAUCAUCAAACGAACCGCAUCAUAAUUUCAUGAGACUUUCCUCUGCCAACGAGCAAGAUAAUAUCGCCGCUGUGAACUACAAGAUGAAAUGCGUGAAUUUGGAGCCCCCGUUGACGGAGCCGAACGUUCAAAAACACAACCAACGACUCGAGAGAAAUUCAACGCCACGAGAUCGAACCAAAUCUAAACGUCACAAACGGCCAGUGGAACUGGAGGCCCCGCCGAUGGACGGCGACGAAGAGGAAGAGGACGGGGGCGGGUCGCCGCUGUACUGCAACUGGGACCUGCGCGGCAUGCAGCAUUUGUUGCCGCUGCAGGACUACAUCAUACAGCAGGCUAAGUUGUCCAGUCGCGGGCGCUACGGCGGCGGGUCCGGCUCGGACGGCGAGUCCGGCUCGUCCCGGUCGCGGUCCGGCUCGUCGCAGUCGCGCUCGCUGUCCGGACACGAGCCGGACAAUGAGUCGUCCGACGGCGGCGCCCGGACGCCUGACGACGAUGACGGAUCCGGCGUUUAUUUGCCGCACUCGUACGGGCAUAGGCCGGCUGAUGUUGAAUAUAUGAAUCAUGCUGUCUCGUAUUAUAAUACGUUUGUCGGUUUUGAAAGGGAUCGGCAGCCAUCGCCUGGGAUACAUAGAACGUCGUCGCUAGGCGGGGGCGCGGCGCCGCAGCCCGCGGUGGGGGGCGGGGGUGGCGGGGGUGGCGGGGGCGCGGGCGCGGCGCGGGCGUGCGCGGAGGGCGGCGCGCCCGCGCUCUACAGCCCCGUGCGGUCGCACGCGCACUUCACCCGCCCGCCGCCCCCGGAGCAGGACAUAGAGAUCUUCGCUAAGGACAACCUCAACUUCAAUAAGGGAAUCUUUAGGAGAAAGGCAUCAGUUCGCGACAUGUUAUCAUGGACGUCUUCGUCAAUCAGCGCGCCCAUGGUCGGCGCUGAUUGGGACAAAGCACACAAGAAGGCGGCCAUAGAUCUAUUUAGACUGGUGCAAAUAUACAUGGGGGACAGGAAAGCAAGACCCGGCAUGACGCUCAAUUCCGUGGCUCAGGAUAUCCUACACGCCACGUUUACUAAUGAAAAGUUACGAGACGAACUGUACGUGCAACUAUGUAGGCAAACGACAGAAAAUCCCCUGCGCGAUUCAUUGCUGCGCGGUUGGGAGCUGCUCGCGGUGUGCCUGGCGUUCGUGCCGCCCUCUCCUGCGUUCCAGCCGGCUCUGACCAAUUACGUCAAUCGGCAUAGAGACCCCGCCUUUGCUGACGCGUUUCCUGAGGUUGGCAAAUGGCCAAUCCACGUGCAAGUUUCACACUACGCGGGCGUGGCGUGCAAAAGGCUAGAGCGAAUCGGAUUUGGUGGCAAGCGGCAGCCGAGAAAACCAAGUACUGAGGAUAUAGACCAAGCUAGGAUUCAAAUCUUCCGUCAAUCAAUGUUCGGUAACACGCUAUCGGAAGUGAUGGCUCUUCAGAAAGAAAGGUUUCCUAACCGCCAGUUGCCGUGGGUUCAAGUGGCGUUAUCCCAGCAAAUUCUGGCGCUGAACGGACGCGAGACGGAAGGCAUCUUCAGGGUCUCUGCCGAUGUGGAUGAAGUCAAUGCCCUAAAAGCUAAAAUCGAUAAUUGGGAACUGCCUGAUGCUUCCACUUUGACAGACGCCCACGCGCCAGCCAGCCUCCUCAAGCUGUGGUACCGCGAGCUGUACGAGCCGCUGAUCCCGGACGCGCUGUACGCGGCGUGCGUGGCGGCCGGCGCGGACUUCGCGGCCUGCGAGCGCGCGCUGCAGCGCCUGCCGCCGCUCAACCGGCAGGUACUCACAUAUCUGAUUAGCUUCCUUCAACAAUUUACCGCUCCCGAAGUGGUAAGUCAGACCAAAAUGGACUCUGCUAAUCUCGCCAUGGUGUUCGCGCCUAAUUGCCUUCGCUGCAUGUCGCAGGAUCCGCGUGUAAUCUUAGAAAACGCACGCAAAGAAAUGACUUUCCUCAAAACACUAAUAACUAACUUGGACACGUCUCACGUCCAAGAUCUUCUGUGACCGAUGAAUCUCAGCUAUUGUAAUAAUAACGUUCUCACCGGAAGGCCCAAUGACUUUUGAACUGGCGAUAGUAUUGCGUGUGACAAG